AAAAAAAAAAAAGGAAAGCCAAAAAUAUAACACGAUGUUGCUAGGAAAACGUUCACGCCAUCCGAUCAAAAGGACGACAAGCAUGACAGGGAUCACCGUCGAUGCCUCUAACAUGGAGGAUGUCCAAGAACCAAUUAUAUCUGAUCCUCCUCCUCCUCCUCAAAACCCCUUGCAUCACGGCAACUUUGAUUACGAUCAACGUUUGUUGGCCAUGGUUUCCCCAAGAAACCCAGCUACUGCAGCGGCUGGAAGAUCAGGUUCUACUAACCAUGUUGUCGACACUGCUCCUUUUUUGCGCUCUUGUUGCCUUUGUAAACGCCGCUUAGCUCCUGGUCGUGACAUAUAUAUGUAUAGAGGGGAUACAGCGUUUUGUAGUCUAGAGUGCAGGGAACAGCAGAUAAAACAAGACGAAAGAAAAGAAAAGUUAAACGUUGUGGCUUCAAAAAAGGAAGACCGCAAUGGAUCUUCAACCACCUCCAAGGCUUCUACUAAAACCGAGCCUGUGGCUGCUGCUUGAACUUUCAAGUCGAUGACUGGAGGAGUAAUCUCAAAAAAAAAAAAAAAAAAAAAAAA